AAAUCAAAAAAUGUAGUAAAACUAAAAAGGCUAUAAGUCAGAAUACAAACAAUAAAGAAAAAUCGAUGAAAACUCAAGAAAUUAUGAAAAAAAUCCAAGAAACAAAAACCAAUGAAACCCUUAAUAUGAAAGAAGAAGAAAUUAUAGAAGAAAACCAAGAACAAGAAGGAAAACAAGAAAACAUAUAA